AUGACACCGCUGGACAAAUCAAUCAAGAAAGAUAGAUCGUCCGACAUGAUGUUAUCCUCAGCAGAUGAUUGGAAGAAGCCCUAUACAUUUCACACUCUCAGAACACAAAACAGAUUCGAGAAUCCAAGCGAGACAGAAUUCGAACAUCCCGAUUUACAAGCUCUCGUAGCUCCUCAUAUCGAAUCAUUCAAUGCACUUUGGGCAGCCGAUCCAACAGUCGCUUCUCCAAAUCAAGAUGGAUCAUCUAUGGCUAGCAAAGCUGCAUUGGGAGAAGGAGUGGGUUUGCUAGAGAAGAGCAUGCGAAACAUACAACCUCGGGUUAUCUUUGAUGCUACACCAGAAGACAUUGCACAAGGAAAGUUUGGAAACCGCCUUCAAUUCAACAUGGAAUCUGUCACGCUAUCCAAGCCAACAUCUUCAGAGAAGGAAUGUCGUGAAAGGCUGAUGACAUACAAAGCACGCAUGACAGCAAGGAUAUCGUGGAGACUCAACGAUCAGCCUAAACAAUACGAAGAAAGAGAUAUGGGUAUGGUGCCAAUUAUGGUCAAGUCGAAUCGGUGUAACAUUCGUGGAAUGACCAGCAGACAAUUGGUUGAUCAUCGUGAAGAAGCAAAUGAGCUAGGUGGCUACUUUAUCAUCAACGGAAAUGAGCGAUUGAUCCGUUUCCUCAUUUUACCGCGUGCUAAUCAUGUUGUGGCCAUCGACAGACCUUCGUUUGCCAAGCGUGGUCCCUCUUAUACCCGCCUAGGUUGUGCAAUCCGUUGCGUUCAUCCUGAUGAACUUAUUGGUAUCACAAAUACGAUUCAUUACCUCGACAAUGGAGGCGUCACCCUUCGAUUCAGUAUGCGAAAGCAAGAAUACAUGAUCCCGAUGGUGAUGGUUCUGAAAGCGUUGAUCAAUGCCACAGACAAGGAAAUCUUCACAGCCCUUGUACAGAAUGAUGUUGACAACACUUUCUUGACUGAUCGUGUCGAACUGCUCUUGCGUGGAUUCAAGAGCUACAAUCUAUGGACAGGAGAUCAAUGCUUGGAGUAUUUGGGUGCCAAGUUCCGUGUCGCAAUGAAUCUGCCGGAAGACUACUCAGAUCUACAAGUUGGUGCUGAAUUGAUUCGACGCAAUAUCUUGAUCCACCUUGAUUCCGCUCGUGACAAAUUUGAUCUUUUAGUGUUCAUGAUGCGCAAACUAUAUUCCCUCGUUGCUGGUGAAUCAUGCGUCGAUAAUCCGGAUUCACCUCAACAUCACGAAGUUCUGUUGCCAGGUACGCUAUAUGGCCAAAUCAUCAAAGAACGCUUGGAUGAAUACUUGACACAAAUUAGAACUGAAAUGGUGCGUCAAAUGCGAUUGAACCCCAAAUCGGUCGACUUUUACAAUAACGGUUGGGUGUCCAAGGUUGUCGGUCGUGUGACACCAAACAUCGGUGCACGUUUAGCCAGCUUUUUGGCAACCGGUAAUCUCUCUUCGCCUUCCGGUCUAGAUUUGCAACAAACAAGUGGUUUCACAAUCGUUGCUGAAAAGUUAAACUUUGCUCGUUAUAUUGCGCAUUUCAGAAGUAUCCAUCGUGGUGCUUUCUUUGCCGAGCUUAAAACGACAUCCGUUCGUAAGCUUUUACCUGAAGCGUGGGGAUUCCUUUGCCCUGUGCACACACCUGAUGGAUCGCCAUGCGGUUUGUUGAAUCACUUGACACAUACAUGUCGAUUGAUCACCCGUACAAUCGAUGUUUCUGCCAUUCCAACCUUACUAGCUGAUAUGGGAAUGAUUGCGCCAUUUUCGUCAAGCAUUCAUUCGCGUAAACAUGUGGUCGUACAGCUUGAUGGACGAAUUAUUGGAUAUGCAGCUCCAACUCUAGCUCAUCAAAUGGCAAUGGCUUUGCGUAUUUGGAAGACGGAGCAAAAGAACCGGGUACCAAUUGAUCUUGAAAUCGGUUUCGUGCCUACCAGUAAAGCAGGACAAUUUCCAGGAUUAUACCUCUUUGCCGGAAGAAGUAGAAUGAUGAGACCCGUCAAAUUGUUGCAUAACGGUUUGCAGGACAACGUCGGAUCGUUCGAACAAGUCUACUUGGAUAUUGCUUGUCAACCUGAUGAAAUUGAAGUUGGACAAUCAAGCCACGUUGAAUAUGCUCCAACGCACGUUUUGAGUUUGUUGGCAAAUAUGACACCUUUCUCGGAUUUCAAUCAAUCGCCACGUAAUAUGUACCAAUGCCAAAUGUUAAAACAAAGUAUGGCCACUCCUUCAACUGCGAUCAAUCAUCGUACGGACAACAAACUUUACCGCAUUCAAACUCCUCAAACGCCCGUUGUUCGUCCUGCCAUGCAUGACAGGUAUAACUUUGAUGAUGCUCCAAGUGGUACAAAUGCAAUCGUUGCUGUAAUCAGUUAUACUGGUUACGAUAUGGAAGACGCAAUGAUCUUGAACAAGAGCGCACACGAAAGAGGAUUCGGAUAUGGUACGGUCUACAAGAGCGAGAUUAUCGACCUGACAGAUAUGGCCGGUAGCAAAGGAAGAUCUUCGCGUAGUAUCUCAUUGCACUUUGGAUUCGGACCAGAUGUUCCUUCAUCCGCACCCAAUCGUAGCAAACUUGACUUGGAUGGUCUUCCAUUUGUAGGUGACCGGGUCACCGCAGGAAGUCCGAUUUGUGCCAUUUACGACGAAAAUACUGCACGAACCACGUUCAAGAAAUACAAGACGGAUGAAAUCGCUUACAUUGACACCGUUCGUAUUAUUGGAAGUGAUGGAUCAGACGGAGGAAUGGCAACCAAACUUCAAAUCACAUAUCGUAUCCCACGUUCACCGGUGAUUGGUGACAAAUUUUCCAGUAGACACGGACAAAAAGGUGUUUGCAGUCAAAAAUGGCCAAUGAUCGAUAUGCCAUUCAGUGAAAGUGGAAUGACUUGUGAUGUGAUUAUCAAUCCUCACGCUUUCCCUUCACGUAUGACGAUCGGAAUGUUAAUCGAAAGUAUGGCGGGUAAAGCGGGUGCAAUGCACGGAAUUGCACAAGAUGCAACCCCGUUCACAUUCUCAGAAGAUGAUACGCCUGUUGCGUACUUUGGUGAACAAUUACGUGCGGCAGGAUAUAAUCACGUUGGUCAUGAGCCAAUGUACUCUGGUAUCACUGGACAAGAACUUCGUGCUGAUAUCUAUUUGGGCGUGGUAUACUACCAAAGAUUGAGACAUAUGGUCAACGAUAAAUUCCAAGUUCGUACCACUGGUCCUGUCAAUUCACUCACUCGUCAACCUGUAAAAGGAAGAAAACGUGCUGGUGGUAUUCGAUUUGGAGAAAUGGAAAGAGAUGCCUUGUUGGCUCAUGGAACGGCGAUGUUAUUGCAAGAUAGAUUGAUGAAUUGCAGUGAUUAUAGCACAUCGUAUGUUUGUCGAACGUGCGGUUCAUUGAUUUCGUUGGGAUACGAUCAAGAUGCAAACUUGCACGGAAUUCAAACGAUUGACAUUCAUUCUCGUUCUACUGGUGCUUUGGGUCCUAAUGGAGAGCAUUGCUUGGUUUGCCGUAAUAAUCGUGCAGAGGAGGAGCCUGACAGAGGUGCCUCGAAUGGAAAGCUACAAGAUGCAGUCAAGCUGCCGAAAUCAUCUCUACUACACCAAGGAGCAGGAGAUUUGGACAUCGUUGCUGUUCCGUAUGUGCUCAAAUAUUUGUGUGCUGAAUUGGCCGGAAUGGGUCUCAAGAUGCGUUUCACGAUCGAAUCAUAA